GGAGCCAUCCCUGUGUCAAGAAGAACAUCUGAAAAUAAGGAUUUGUAUGUGGGCCGUGGACAGGGGGCGAUGCCUGCGGCAAUUACUGGAUCCUGGUUCCCUUCUGGCUUUCAUGGACACUUCAGAAGCCAUAUUCGCAAUGAUGUAUGUCAGGACUAUCGCAUGGAAGCAAGGCCACCACCUCCGAAAGCCUUCACCCAACGAAUAAAAGAACAGCCGACAAAACAUAUAUUCUCCAGGCACGACAACCGCCACAUAUUCCCAAGCUCUGUGUUCUCUUUUGAAAAUGGAUUGGGGAAGAAGAAACUUCUCAGAUACAGAGAGUCCUAUAACUUUACACACUGGACCCCUCUGGAGGAGGAACUGAAGAGGCAAAGACCGCUCACCAGCACCUACCGAACGGACUUCUGGAGAAAGGAUGAGGAGACCGGAAAAGUAGUGCCUCAGAUCCUGGUUCCCAGGUUCAACAGAGCAACUUCAGCUUCAUGUUCCGGGUUGACAACGACCUACAGACACAUGUUGGGAAGCCAUGGUAAUCUACCGGCCUCACAGAAUGUUAUCACAACAGACAUUACCCUGAUCUCUAACAGCGGCAGAACAGGGGCAGCGGGACUAUCACUGCAGAGGGCGAAGUCUGCUCCGUAUAAGAGCCUGACCGUGUCUGACUGCCUCAUUUGGCGUACUCCAGACAGUGUAAAAAAAGAAAGCAACCAAACUAUCGAGGCGCCUUAGCAAUGAUUAUCCCUCUCUGAAACCCCCACCAUAUACAUUUAUUCAUAAAAUCCAAUGAGUGUAAAGAAGCGUGCAUUAACUUCAUGAUCUUCACAAAACUUAUGGGGAAGGAGGAUGGAACAAACCUAAACUAGGUCCCUUCAUGACCCCAUAGCAGCUGGGGAGAUAGAACCAAGCUGGCCAAAGCAAUAUUUUCCAAAAACUCCCCUAUACCUUCAAGCCGAGCAUGCAAGUACUCCGAAUGGGGAGAGACCAUGCCAGACACCUCUGAAGGAUGAUUACCUCCCUGAGAACUAGAGGAUCAUACAUGUUAAAAACUUAAAGGGGUUAUACCAUGAUUGAUAAAAAGUCAGACAUCAUAUAGUACAUGACAAUCUCUGUGCCUCAAGCCCUGUACC